AUGAAUGCAUUCAAUCUAAUCAAUCAAACUUGGAGUCGUGCAUUUUUGAUCUUAAUUAUUUCGCUACUCGCGGUUCUCUUCUCCAUCAAAAAUAAUCAAUCGCAAGUAUUAAUUGAACAACAACAAGAGAAGGAUUCUAUCAAUCAACAAUCACAAGAAACAAUGAGUGUAUCAGCAAUUAGAAUUCCAGCAAAUGGAUCACAAGGUAAAGCUGCUCUUAUUUUUGUACAUGGAUUAGGUGAUUCAGGUCAAGGAUGGUCAUGGUUGCCACAAUUGAUUGCUCAAUCAAAAUUAAUCACUACUCCAAUCAAUUAUGUUUUCCCAAAUGCUCCAGAAAUUCCAAUAACUAUCAAUAAUGGAUAUCGUAUGCCAGCUUGGUUUGAUAUUUAUGAACUUGGAAAUCCAAAUGCAAAACAAGAUAUUGAAGGAUUUUUCAAAUCUUGCGAUAUAUUGAAGAACUUGGUUAAACAACAAAUUGAAGAAUUUAAAAUCCCUCCAGAAAAGAUCAUUAUUGGUGGAUUUUCUCAAGGUGCUGCUAUUUCUUUAGCUACUUUAGCUACGAUGGAAACAAAAAUUGGUGGUUGUGUAGCAUUAUCUGGAUUUUGUGCUCUUCGUAAAGAAGUUGAAAGCAAAUUACUGAGUGCCAAUUUGGACACACCAAUUUUCCAAGGUCAUGGUACUGCUGAUCCAGUUAUUAAUUAUCAAUAUGGUAAAAAAACUAGUGAAUUUUUCAAAGAAUUGGGAUUCAAGAACUUGGAUUUCCAAACUUAUCCUGGUGUUCAACAUAGUGCCAGUGAUGAAGAAUUAGCUGCAGUGAUUAAGUUUAUCAAAGAUGUAUUAGAAAAAUAA